GCUCGAUUGAGCAACUCAGCAAGCUCAGACUUGUACACUUACCUGAUCUAUAUUUGAACCUGUGCUGACGCUGCUUGUUUUUACGAUUACAUCUGAUAGUAUAUAAGAACGCACGCGUAUGCGGGACACGGAAAACAGAAGUUAGAUCUCCACGGGAACUAGGUAACCUAGCAACAUGCCGGGGAUUAAACGUAAGGCAUCACGGGCUUCGCCUUAUGAACCGGUCUGUAAACUGACCAAACAGCGAACGUCCACCACAGUGAAACCUGUCAGGGAGGAAUCCACCAUCCGACCACCGCUGCCUCUACCAAAAUGGCCAAGUCUUAAAAGAAAAACGACAAAAGAAAGCGCCACCCCCGGGGAAUCAGGAGACGCGUCCCCUCCCCCGGGAUUGAGAAGGGCCCCCACCCUUACCCUCGAAGAUAAAGAAUCAAAGUCGGCUUCACCUCUCUCUGGCAAGAAGAGUUUGUCAAAGAAAGGGUCUGUUGUUGUAGGCGAGGUCGUUACUGCCCCUUCACUGCCUAAAACCGCGUCCAUCGUUGAAGGUGACGAUAGAGUUACGACCUUGACCCGGCUUGCUUCAGGGUCAACUGUCGGUCGCACCACUAGUUUCUCUGAAGCACCUGCAGCAAUAAGCAAGGAAUUGUCCAAGACAUCCACCAAUACCAAGACGCCUCUCAUCUGUAAGAGCAUCAGCAGAGGAGGCAGCAUCGUCAUCGGCGGGGGAGACGUCCUAUCUCUCAGCAAGUCGUCGUCCAAGUCCACGUCUGUGUCAUCGAAAGCGGGGUCCGAGACUGGAGUCGCUUUGGAGAAGGUUCUCAGUCUCUGUAAAUCUCUGUCCAAACCGUCGCUGACGAAGGAGAAGUCUGCCAGCCUCAUCAGUGCCGCCGCUGAAGACGCUGCAGCUGCUGAUGAUGACGAGGAUGGUGACGGUGCAGUCGUAGUGGACAUCCCCCUUCCACCUGGGGGACUUAUGGAGAUCGUCUUCUCAUUUGAUACGACAGGCUCCAUGUACAGCUGUCUGGACCAGGUCCGAAGCCAAAUCCAGGACAUGGUUCAGCGUCUCCAGGCAGAUAUCCCUGGCAUUCGCAUCGGCAUCUUCGCCCAUGGCGACUACUGCGACGCCAGCAACUACGUUGUUCAGUGGAUCGACUUCGGCGCCUCCACCCCCGAGAUCUGCAAGUUCGUUAAAGACGUAAAGCGUACCGGAGGUGGUGACUUCCCCGAGGCCUACGAGGUGGUGCUGAGACGCUGUCAGAGCGUUCUGUCCUGGACCCCAGGAAGUCAGCGUUCCCUGGUGAUGAUCGGGGACGCCACUCCCCACGAGGCGGAUGAUCCUCAGAAUGAGGAGAACAUUGACUGGAAGACAGAGUGCAGGGCUCUGAGAGAUGUGGGCGUCCGCAUCUAUGGUGUACAGUCCGGGUCAAACAGUGAGGCAGGAACCUUCUUCAAAGAAAUGACCCGCAUCACUAUGGGUCGCCACUUGCAACUGGAUCAGUUCUCUAACAUCUUCGACAUGAUCAUGGCUAUCUGCUACAGAGAGAGGGGAGCAGACUUCCUCGAGGCAUACGAGGAUGAAGUCCGGGGACGCCACGGGGGAGGGGCCAUCAAUAAGGAUCUGGAGGGAUUGUUCGGGACUCUGAGAGAUGACACUGACCCGCCUGGGCUGACACUAUCCCCGUCCUUGAAGAAAAUCCCCACUAUGUCCUUGUUUGGGGCCAAGAAGGGCGCCUCGAGCGCCUCAGCUCUGAAGAAAUUGAAAGCAGUUGUAAAAGCUAAAGGCGCGGCUAAGAAGGUCAAGGGCGCCGGAAAAAACAAACCUAAGGCAAAAACAGGAGCAAAGAAAACGAGAAAGCCGAGGCGGAAGACAAAGAAAAAGAAGAAGGCCCUUCGUGAAAAUGUAAGCGACAAGAAAUUCAAGGACGGCGACUUUGCAGAUGCCAUUCUGAAGAACAUCGACUGGACGGAUUGGAGGCGUGCCAUCUACCCCGUCGUAUGGCCAAUGGUUGGCCGACAGCCCAAGAACUGCCGCAUCACCAGGCGGGUAUUCAAAGGGACUAACGGACACUUGUUGUCGGAUAUAUUCGACUAUGAGCACGAGGUUCAGGCAAUCUACGAACUCGGCGUCCGCCCCCCUCGUACCCGUCGGAAGCGUAUCUACACGACGCUGUUUAAAAUUUCAAAGGGAUUUAGUAACUAUCAGGGAUGGUAUGAAUUCCUCUUGAAGAACAAGCGCGUGUACCGGGCGGUGACCCGUGUUGUGUGGGAGAAAGGAACGAUCUUUGUCAGGCGAGCUGUGUUCCCUCGCGGUGACGACGCUGUGUUCGCGGAUGCUAUAAAGCGCAUCAAGGAAGUAUUUGACUAUGCUUGGUACCGGCCCAAGAGAGCCGCUGAAAACUUUAGAACGAUAGAAAAAAGUAAUUUUCUCAUCAGCGGAAUCCGAAAGGUUCGGAAGACUCCCGAAAAGAAGACCACACCCAAGAAAGCUGCCCCAUCUAAGGGUAAACGCGCUUCUAAACAGACAAAGGCAUCUGCUGUAAAGAAAUUAAAGACCAAAACCAAAACCAAAACCACUAAAGCGGCAGCUAAAAAGGGCAAACCAACUAAAAAGACAAAAACACCCGCUAAAAAAGCCAAACCAACCAAGAAGACAAACACACCCACUAAAAAAACGAAAGGCAAAGGGAAGAAGGCAGCUAAAUAGACUGAAUAUACUUGAAUACUGUUCGGUUGCAAUUGAGAGUUGAACAAUCAUCAGGGAGACUAGAGCACCAAUACCUGCAUGAGCAUCUCGACCAACAUACUGGAUGCUCACAGAGGAAUACAUGGCCAUGGGGGCUAGACGCCAUAGUGCUAAAUAAUUACAUUGUUGUGAAAUCACAUGACCAGUGUGGAAUACUGACGCACAACUGGAAUACUGAUGCACAACAAUGAAAGACCAUCGUACCACCCCAUUCACAACAAGCAAUGGCUGUUUUUAUUUCCGUUUUUUUUAAAGAUACUGCACUUAGAAAGCAAUAUACUGUCCCAAUUGAUAGAAAAUGUCGUGCGUUCACACACGUUUUCAAAAGAGAUCUGAUUGUAUAUGUCUUGCCAGUGCCAUCUUUGUUUCUGUUUUUGCACAUUAUGAAGUCAGCAUGUUCGGCCUUUUGUCUUCGUUACCUGGUUUACGGGUUUGUUUUCCAAAACCAUACGUUCCUAGGUGGACGCAAUCUAACGAUGCCGAAUUACAUGCAUGGAUUUAAAAAAACAUGAUUCCUGAAUGUAAUGUAGUUUGGAAUAAGAAUAAAAUGAAAAAAAACAAACUCAUAAAGAGAAGGAUUUAAUUAAUUACGGAAGUUAGUUUACUGGCUCGGCGGGGAAAAAAGACCCUUGAAUACUGUAACGAAGCUUGCAUGUCCAGGUGAAUGGGUAUUUUCGUGACAAAAUAGGUGAAUGGGUGCUUUAGUGAAAACAUGAGUGGCGUGUCCAGGUGAACGAGUGCUUUAGUGAAAACAUAGCUGGCAUGUCCAGGUGAAUGGGUACUUUAGUGACAAAUUAGGUGAAUAGGUGCUUUAGUGAAAACAUGACUGGCAUGUCCAGGUAAACGAGUGCUUUAGUGAAAACAUGAGUGGCGUGUCCAGGUGAACGAGUGCUUUAGUGAAAACAUAGCUGGCAUGUCCAGGUGAAUGGGUACUUUAGUGACAAAUUAGGUGAAUAGGUGCUUUAGUGAAAACAUGACUGGCAUGUCCGGGUGAACGAGUGCUUUAGUGAAAACAUGAGUGGCGUGUCCAGGUGAACGAGUGCCUAAGUGAAAACAUGACUGGCAUGUCCAGGUGAAAGAGUGCUUUAGUGAAAACAUGAGUGGCAUGUCCAGGUGAAAGAGUGCUUUAGUGAAAACAUGACUGGCGUGUCCAGGCGAAAGAGUGCUUUAGUGAAAACAUGACUGGCGUGUCCAGGUGAACGAGUGCUUUAGUGAAAACAUGAGUGGCAUGUCCAGGUGAAAGAGUGCUUUAGUGAAAACAUGACUGGCGUGUCCAGGUGAACGAGUGCUUUAG